AGCCCUGUGCCGCAGCGUAACAGCCAGCCUCGCGAGUCGCGACGACCACCACCCCACAGCUUCUGUGGCUAAGCCACUAGCUAGUGCACGCGCGCGCGAAGGUAGCUAGCAGACAUGGCCACCGUGGACGCCACGACGGCGGAGUCCGGCAAGGCCGCGGCGCCGGCCCCCCCCGCUCCGGCGGGCGGCUUCCCCGGCGCGGAGCUGGCCCUGCGGGCGCUCCUGUUCGCGGUGACGCUGGCGGCGCUCGUCGUGCUGGCCACCGCCAAGCAGACCGUGCUGUUCCCCGUCCCCGUGCUGGGGGCCGUCGUGCCCAUGGAGGCCAAGUUCAACCACUCGCCCGCGCUCAUAUACCUGCUGGUGGCGCUGUGCGCGACGUGCCUGUACAGCCUGCUCACGGCCCUCGGCUCGCUGAGGCCCCCCACCGCCAGGACCCUCUUCAUCCUCCUCCUGCUCGAUGUGUUCUACGCGGCGGUGAUGGCUUCGGCGACGGGCUCGGGCGGCGGCGUGGCGUGGAUCGGGCUCAAGGGCAACUCGCACACCCGGUGGAACAAGAUCUGCGACACCUACGGCAAGUUCUGCCGCCACAUCGGCAGCUCCGUCUUCCUCGCCCUCGUCGCCUCCAUCAUCCUCGUCCUCCUCGCCGUCCUCAACGCCUACUCCCUCUACCGCCGCAGCCGCUGAUCGAUCGGGGCAUCGCCGGCCGGGGACGACUGCUCGGAGUCCAUGGUGCCGUCCAGUAUGUGUAUUAUUUCACUAUUUCCCGUUGGCAUCCAUGAUCGUCCAUGUACGUGAUGAUGAAUGACGUCUAGUGUAGCUGAUUUGUUGAAGGGGAAAAUGUAGAGAUGAUGUGCUGCAUCGUGUGUAAACUACUGUUGUUUGUCUCACUCUCAGGUGUUUUCCGGACCAUCCAUCAUCGUUUAUUUGCCGUGUAUUUUCUGUAAAUGUCAGUCCUCGUUUCAUUAUC